GCUCUUUCUCAUCAUUUCCAUAAAUCUGAAAAAUGGUGGAGGAAAUGCUAAUGGUUUACUUACAUUACACACAAUGAUAGCUUGUGAAGACAAACAGAAGCAAUGAUCAAGUCCCCUAACCAAAAUUUCCUUCGUUUUCCUCACUCUAGCAUUCACUUAUCCCACAUUCCCAAAUGCACGUUCGUACCCUACAUCUCUACCAAAUCCCAAAUCCACUUUUUCUCCUCAUUGCCACCGGGUGGCUCCAAAACCUUCCGAACCAUUGCCCCAAAAUCCCGGUGCCAGCACGGUCCCCUGUUCGCAAAACGGGUCGGGCUUUUGGCAUCAAUUAUACCCGGUGGAAGCUGGUGGGCCUUGCCGGAGCUCCGGGAAGACGGCGUGGAGCCAACGACGGCCUUGAUUGCUCUCCGGCGAAUAUGGGAAUUGGUCGCCGAUGAGCGAUGGGCCGCGUUUGUGGCGGUUGGGUCUCUUGUAAUUGCUGCUCUUUCAGAGAUCUCCAUACCAAGUAUAUUGGCAGCAUCAAUAUUUUCAGCACAGAGUGGUGAGACUGUGGCGUUCUCUAGGAAUGCACUGUUUUUACUUCUUUUGUGCUUAACUUCAGGGAUAUGCAGUGGCCUACGAAGUGGCUGCUUUGGAAUUUUGAAUGUAACCUUGGUAAAGCAUCUACGAGAAAACUUAUAUGCAACAAUUCUUUUUCAGGACAUCUCCUACUUUGAUAAAGAAAGAGUUGGUGACUUGACAAGCAGGCUCACAGCAGAUUGUCAACGGUUAUCCCAUGUGAUAGGAAAUGAUCUUCAGCUCAUAUUACGCAACACUUGUCAGGGAACUGGAGCAAUACUUAAUUUGAUGGUUUUAUCUUGGCCUCUAGCAUUAUCUGCCUUGGUGAUUUGUUGUAUUUUAUCUGCAAUUUUCAUUGUUUAUGCACAGUAUCAGAGAAAGGCAGCAAAGUUAAUCCAAGAUUUCACGGCUUGUGCAAAUGACGUUGCUCUGGAAACACUUUCUUCAAUAAGAACUGUACGAGCUUAUGGAACACGAAAACGAGAAUUUGGAAGGUACAAGCAGUGGCUACAAAGCUUGGCAGUUGUAACUCUUCGAGAGAAUAUGGCUUCAGGGUUCUGGGACCUAAUAUUUAGCAGCUUAUAUCGUUUUAUGCAGAUAUUUGCAGUGCUGUUGGUAGGUUUGUCUGUUCUCAGAAGUCAUGUAACUGUGGAACAACUCACCAAGUAUGUACUAUACUGUGAGUGGUUGAUUUAUGCAACUUGGAGGAUGACAAACAGCUUAACAUCAUUGCUGCAGUCCAUUGGAGCAUCUGAACAAAUAUUCCAACUGAUUAAUCUUUUGCCCAGUGAUCAAUUCUUAGCGAAAGGUGUGAAAUUGCACAGGUUAGCAGGUCAUAUUCAGUUUGCAAAUGUAUCCUUUUAUUAUCCUGCAAGGACUAUGAUGCCUGUUCUAGAACACUUGGACUUCUCCAUAGAGGAAAAUCAAGUCGUUGCCAUUGUUGGUCUGAGUGGUAGUGGGAAGAGCACAUUACUCAACCUUUUGCUUCGUCUCUAUGAGCCUAGUAGUGGUCAGAUAUAUAUCGAUGGAUUCCCUCUUAAAGAGUUGGAUAUUCGUUGGCUGCGUCAGAACAUUAGUUAUGUUGCACAGGAAUCCCAUCUCUUUCAUAUGGACAUCAAGUCAAACAUAAAGUAUGGUUGCCCCGGGAACAUAAAACAAGAAGAUAUUGAACGGGCGGCGAAAAAGGCCUAUGCCCAUGAUUUCAUUUCUUCUCUUCCUAAUGGAUAUGAAACCCUUGUUGAUGACAAUGCACUCAGUGGCGGACAAAAGCAGCGAAUUGCCCUCGCCAGAGCCAUUCUUAGGGACCCUGUUAUAAUGAUACUUGAUGAAGCAACCAGUGCUCUAGAUUCUGAGAGUGAGCAUUAUAUCCAGGAGUCGCUGUAUGCGUUAAAAGAUGAAUCUAAAACAAGAACCAUCAUUAUCAUAGCUCAUAGGCUUUCUACUGCAAAAGCUGCUGAUAAGAUCUUUGUUAUGGAUGAUGGUGGCAUCAUUGAGAUGGGAGAUCAUGAAGAGCUUAUGCUCAAGGAUGGGCUCUAUGCAAAAUUAAAUAAAAUUCAAGCAAAUAUUUUGACUUGAUUUAAUUUAAGUUUGGGUUUUCAGUGAUGAUAAAGAAUAGGACUGCAAUUUAAAGUUAAAAAAGCCUGAGGUGCGGAUUUUCAUGGAGACAGAAGCCAUCGCAUCCCCAUAAAGCUUCUACACAUCCAUUGGUGGAAACUACAACUACAUACAUCUCCAUUGCUCGAAACUUGUGAAGAAGAAAGUGGUGAUUCUUGUUGCAUCGUGCGUCACAAAAGAGGACGUAAUUGGGUUUAAAGUUUUCGCCAUUCAGGAAGGAAGGAUGUCAAUCUCACAUAUAAUGAAGUUCAACUACAAGUAGCAAGAUACUCCACUAGAUGACAGAUAUCCACAUUUAGUGUUGUACGCGUGCAACUAGAUGCUUUGAUGGCCGCUGGGUGAUAUGGAUUCCUUAGAAGAAUUUUGGGUUGAAUCACUUGUAAUCAUUACCAAAAAAAUGUCCACUUGCUUCGAAUUUCCUAACAGAUUAUGUUAUUAUCCUAAUCGCACUCUUCAUUUAUUCUCGUUAUACAGCUUAGUUUGCAGAUACAAUAACAAAAACAGAGCACUUGAAAACAACAAAUUGAAUAUGAAAAAACAAACCCUGCUUCAAAGUACAUAAUAAUACUAUAGCUUGAAAAUGUGACGGCUUCUUAAGAAUUGAGCUUAAGUCUACCUCAAUCUUAAGAAGAAUCUUAACCUUUUUUACCAAUAUUGGGUUACUAGGCGUCAGUGGGUGGAAGCUCUUUGUCUAGGGCUUCUGCGGAGAAAUCUCCAGGCUGUGGAACUUGCUGAUGAGGCAUUCCUUUUGGUUUUUCCCUUUCUUCCGCCAUGCCACUGUUGCUUCCCUCUUUCUCAUUCAUCUCUUCGUUCCUUCUCACAACUGUUUCUGGCUCAUCAUCAACUACACCUUUCACCUCUUUACGACCGCAUGCGAAUGGCUUUGGAGGGUUGUCCGUGUUCUUGUUCAUUUUUUGAACCACCUGAAGUU